UUUCUGACUCAGCUGAUAUCACACUGCUUCACCUGGACCCAAGCUCCGCCCCUCAACUGACCACCUUACACAAAUACACACACACACACCUGAGCCUCACUCUGAACAGGUGAGAAUCUAGAGACUACAGACGCUGGCAGACUCUCGGCUGAUUCUCCAGACACUCACCGGACUAGACUCAGGAUGACGAGCACGGCAGCGGACCUCGCCAGGAGGAAGGCCCGGGACGAGAGUGGCGUCGGCAGCCGGGCCAACGCCAUCGCCUUCAACAAGCAGCAGUUUGAGCAGCUGCGUAGCGAGUGUCUGAAGACUGGAGCGCUCUUCUGUGACCCCAGCUUCCCGGCCACCUGGGACUCGCUGGGAUACAACCAGCUCGGGCGCUACUCGUCCAAAACCAUCGGCGUGGAGUGGAAGCGACCAUCGGAGCUGUGUUCUGAUCCUCAGUUUAUUGUUGAUGGAGCGAAAAGGACGGACAUAUGUCAGGGAGCUCUGGGUGACUGCUGGCUGUUGGCCGCCAUCGCCUCUCUGACUCUGGACCCUCAGAUUCUGAGCAGAGUGGUACCUCCCGCUCAGAGCUUCACGUCUCAGUACGCCGGCAUCUUCCACUUCCAGCUGUGGCAGUACGGCGAGUGGGUGGACGUGGUCGUGGACGACCGGCUGCCAACCAGAGACGGGAAGCUGCUGUUUGUCCACUCAGCCGAGGGACGAGAGUUCUGGAGCCCCCUGCUGGAGAAGGCCUACGCCAAGGUGAACAGUUCCUACGAGGCUCUGACCGGAGGUUCCAGUAUCGAGGGCUUCGAGGAUUUUACCGGAGGAAUCGCAGAGAGCUAUGUCCUGAAGGAGGCUCCGCCCUCUUUGUUCAACAUCAUGUGGAAAGCUCUGAAGCUCGGCUCGCUGCUCGGCUGCUCCAUCGACAUCUCCAGCUCGUACGAGACGGAGGCGAUCACCGGUCAGAAGCUGGUCAAAGGUCACGCCUACUCAAUCACUGCAGCUGAGCGGGUUCUUCACCGGGGUUCUCCUGUGGAGCUGCUGAGGAUCAGGAACCCAUGGGGUCAGGUGGAGUGGACCGGAGCCUGGAGCGACGAGUCGGAGAAGUGGGACGGAGUUCAGCCCGAGGAGAAGAAGAAGUUGGAUCAUUGUGCUGAAGACGGAGAGUUCUGGAUGUCCUACACAGACUUCCUGUGUCAGUUCUCACUCCUUGACAUCUGCAACCUGACACCCGACACGCUGACGAGCACCGAGGGCGGGCGAUGGAACUGUUCGGAGUUUGAAGGCGUGUGGCGCGUCGGCUCCACCGCUGGCGGCUGCAGGAACUACCCCGCCACUUUCUGCUCAAACCCUCAGUUCUUUAUCCGACUCGACGCCGUGGACGAUGACCCUGACGACGGCGAGGACGGCUGCACCGCGCUGAUCGGACUGAUGCAGAAAGACGCUCGCCGAGAGAGACGCUUCGGACGAGACCUCAACACCAUUGGUUUCGCCAUCUAUCAGGUUCCUGACGAGUUUAAAGGUCGCAGUAACGUCCACCUGGGCCCGGACGUCCUGCUGAGGACGGAGGCGGUGGCGCGCAGUAAGAACUUCAUCAACCUGAGGGAAGUGUGUGACCGCUUCAAACUGCAGCCUGGAGAGUACGUCAUCGUCCCGUCCACGUUCCAGCCGCACCGCAAAGGAAGCUUCGUCCUGAGGGCGUUCACAGAGAAGGAGGCUCGCAGCAGACCGAUGGAGGAGGACGUAGACGUCAGCAUCCAUGAGCCUGAUGUCGGACAGAAUGACGUGGACCCGCACUUCAAACAUCUCUUCGUCCAAAUCUCAGGAAAUGACUCACAAAUCUCAGCCUUCGAGCUCCAGCAGAUUCUGGACAAAGUGAUCGCUCAGAGAUCCGAUGUGAAAACUGACGGAUUCACUCUGCAGACGUGUCGCAGCAUCAUCAGCCUGAUGGACAUGGACGGCAGCACCACACUGGGUCUGGUGGAGUUUCACACUCUGUGGACAAAGAUCCAGAGAUACCUGGAGGUGUUCAAGGGUCACGACUCGGACGGCUCGGGGACGAUGAGCAGUCAUGAGAUGAGAGCGGCGCUGGCUGAAGCUGGUUUCCAGCUGAACAGUGAAGUUAUCCAGGAGAUCGUCGGUCGAUUCUCUGACACGAGCUACGCCAUCGACUUCGACUCUUUCAUUGGUUGUUUGAUCCGACUGGAGCUGCUCUACAAAAUGUUCCGGACUCUGGAUCAGAAGAAUCAGGGGAAGAUCGAGUUGAACCUGCAGCAGUGGCUCCGCCUCAGCAUCAACUAGCCGCAGCUGACCCCAGGAGCAUGCUGGGAGUUCUCACCUGCCUCACCUGAACGCAUCUGAUGUGAUGUAAACAACUCCUUUAAUUAUGAGUCGGUUUCAUGUCUGAAAAUCUGAAUCAAAUACAAAAUAAAC